AUGAACAACAAACUUUAAAAUAAGGGAGGCUAUUAUGUCUUAGAAAAAGCUUAAAAAAAAUAAACUAAGUAAACAAAGUAACCAAAACAAACCUAAACUUAAAAAAAAACAUUUAAACCUUUUGAAGGAAAAGGAAUAAAAAUGGGUAAUGAUUAAAACCACUAUAAUUGGAUUUGCCAAUAAUGUGGAUUUAUUAAUCAAGAAAAGAUCGAUAUUUGCUGCAAGAACUGUCAAUUUUAGAAAUGA